AUCAACCUUGUCCCCACCUUCCUCACUCUAUAGUACAGAGAAACCAGCAUUCACAACAAAACCUCAAGAAAAUGUCUCUACAGAACAAUCCUCUAUCACAGCAGAGGCUAGUUCCAUUUUUGCAUCAACAGAGGAGGGCUCUGGUGAAGUUACAUCUGAUGGGUCUCCUAAAGAGAAUGAAACAGAAUCAUCAACAUCAACGUUCAGCACAAAGAAACCAUCAGUGACAACAGAAUCCCAUGAAACAAUUGACAGUUCAAGGACAACAGCAUAUCCAGCCUCCUCUCUGUACAGCACUGACACGCCCACAAGCCAAUCAAAGACAUUCUCUGUUACACCAGGAGAUAGUGUAGUUUCAUCUUCAACCCUUGAAGAGGGCUCAGAUGGUCAAACAAUUGAUAUGUCCACCCAAGAGACUGUUACUACCACAUCAUCCUCUGUGUUGAGCACAACGGAGCCAGAAAAAGAAGCAGCUGCUGUUAAAAUAUCUACUACUUCUGCUUCUCCCUCCUUUUCCACUGAAACAGCUACCGCCAUCUCAAGUGAGCAACCAGAACAGACAAGUACAGAUAUGUCUCCAGGCAGUGAGACCUCCGCUGGCACAUCAUCGUCUUUGUUAAGUACUGAAAAACCGACCAUGUUACCCUCAGGAAAGUCGUCAGUCUCGCCAAUCACAGAGAAGACAGAGAUCAGUGCUGAUCUAACAUCUAAAGAUGAAGCUGGUUCUGGUGAUGAAGCUGGUUCUGGUGAUGAAGCUCCUGACGUGUUCUCUCAGAUGUCUGCUGUCACAACUGUAUCUUCCCUGGCAAGCACAGAGGGACCAUCCACAGUGUCAUCAGAAACUGUAGUGGAUAUUUCAAAUCAGACAGUGAUGCCAUCAACAUAUGUUGCCUCAGAUGUCACAAAGACCAGUUCCAUAACCAGCUCUCAAAGUUCAACAUCACCUGAGGCAUCCGCAGAUUCUAGCGAUGAGAUCGUGGAAUAUGGUGUUAGCAAAGAACCUAUCAUGCUGGAAUCUUCCCCUUCCUUCUAUGGAUCAAGCACAGAGGCGGCCACAGCAGUAGUAACUACUCCUUCUGACACAGAAUUUCCAGCGGACCUGACUUCUACGAUAUUUACUGAUGAAUCGUUAAUUAUCUCAACCACCAUUUCUUCUUUGUUCACCACAGAGAAACCUGCAGUGACCACAGCAUCAGAUAAAGCAAUUGAUGGUAUAAAAUCAACCUUGUCCCCACCUUCUUCACUCUAUAGUACAGAGAAACCAGCAUUCACAACAAAACCUCAAGAAAAUGUCUCUACAGAACAAUCCUCUAUCACAGCAGAGGCUAGUUCCAUUUUUGCAUCAACAGAGGAGGGCUCUGGUGAAGUUACAUCUGAUGGGUCUCCUAAAGAGAAUGAAACAGAAUCAUCAACAUCAACGUUCAGCACAAAGAAACCAUCAGUGACAACAGAAUCCCAUGAAACAAUUGACAGUUCAAGGACAACAGCAUAUCCAGCCUCCUCUCUGUACAGCACUGACACGCCCACAAGCCAAUCAAAGACAUUCUCUGUUACACCAGGAGAUAGUGUAGUUUCAUCUUCAACCCUUGAAGAGGGCUCAGAUGGUCAAACAAUUGAUAUGUCCACCCAAGAGACUGUUACUACCACAUCAUCCUCUGUGUUGAGUACAAUGGAGCCAGAAAAAGAAGCAGCUGCUGUUAAAAUAUCUACUACUUCUGCUUCUCCCUCCUUUUCCACUGAAACAGCUACCGCCAUCUCAAGUGAGCAACCAGAACAGACAAGUACAGAUAUGUCUCCAGGCAGUGAGACCUCCGCUGGCACAUCAUCGUCUUUGUUAAGUACUGAAAAACCGACCAUGUUACCCUCAGGAAAGUCGUCAGUCUCGCCAAUCACAGAGAAGACAGAGAUCAGUGCUGAUCUAACAUCUAAAGAUGAAGCUGGUUCUGGUGAUGAAGCUGGUUCUGGUGAUGAAGCUCCUGACGUGUUCUCUCAGAUGUCUGCUGUCACAACUGUAUCUUCCCUGGCAAGCACAGAGGGACCAUCCACAGUGUCAUCAGAAACUGUAGUGGAUAUUUCAAAUCAGACAGUGAUGCCAUCAACAUAUGUUGCCUCAGAUGUCACAAAGACCAGUUCCAUAACCAGCUCUCAAAGUUCAACAUCACCUGAGGCAUCCGCAGAUUCUAGCGAUGAGAUCAUGGAAUAUGGUGUUAGCAAAGAACCCAUCAUGCUGGAAUCUUCCCCUUCCUUCUAUGGAUCAAGCACAGAGGCGGCCACAGCAGUAGUAACUACUCCUUCUGAGACAGAAUUUCCAGCGGACCUGACUUCUACGAUAUUUACUGAUGAAUCUUUAAUUAUCUCAACCACCAUUUCUUCUUUGUUCACCACAGAGAAACCUGCAGCGACAACAGCAUCAGAUAAAGCAAUUGAUGGUAUAAAAUCAACCUUGUCCCCACCUUCCUCACUCUAUAGUACAGAGAAACCAGCAUUCACAACAAAACCUCAAGAAAAUGUCUCUACACAUCAAUCCUCUAUCACAGCAGAGGCUAGUUCCAUUUUUGCAUCAACAGAGGAGGGCUCUGGUGAAGUAACAUCUGAUGGGUCUCCUAAAGAGACUGAAACAGAAUCAUCAACAUCAACGUUCAGCACAAAGAAACCAUCAGUGACAACAGAAUCCCAUGAAACAAUUGACAGUUCAAGGACAACAGCAUAUCCAGCAUCCUCUCUGUACAGCACUGACACGCCCACAAGCCAAUCAAAGACAGCCUCUGUUACACCAGGAGAUAGUGUAGUUUCAUCUUCAACCCUUGAAGAGGGCUCAGAUGGUCAAACAAUUGAUAUGUCCACCCAAGAGACUGUUACUACCACAUCAUCCUCUGUGUUGAGCACAACGGAGCCAGAAAAAGAAGCAGCUGCUGUUAAAAUAUCUACUACUUCUGCUUCUCCCUCCUUUUCCACUGAAACAGCUACCGCCAUCUCAAGUGAGCAACCAGAACAGACAAGUACAGAUAUGUCUCCAGGCAGUGAAACCUCCGCUGGCACAUCAUCGUCUUUGUUAAGUACUGAAAAACCGACCAUGUUACCCUCAGGAAAGUCGUCAGUCUCGCCAACAACAGAGAAGACAGAGAUCAGUGCUGAUCUAACAUCUAAAGAUGUAGCUGGUUCUGGUGAUGAAGCUGGUUCAGGUGAUGAAGCUCCUGACGUGUUCUCUCAGAUGUCUGCUGUCACAACUGUAUCUUCCCUGGCAAGCACAGAGGGACCAUCCACAGUGUCAUCAGAAACUGUAGUGGAUAUUUCAAAUCAGACAGUCAUGCCAUCAACAUAUGUUGCCUCAGAUGUCACAAAGACCAGUUCCAUAACCAGCUCUCAAAGUUCAACAUCACCUGGGGCAUCCGCAGAUUCUAGCGAUGAGAUCGUGGAAUAUGGUGUUAGCAAAGAACCUAUCAUGCUGGAAUCUUCCCCUUCCUUCUAUGGAUCAAGCACAGAGGCGGCCACAGCCGUAGUAACUACUCCUUUUGACACAGAAUUUCCAGCGGACCUGACUUCUACGAUAUUUACUGAUGAAUCGUUAAUUAUCUCAACCACCAUUUCUUCUUUGUUCACCACAGAGAAACCUGCAGUGACCACAGCAUCAGAUAAAGCAAUUGAUGGUAUAAAAUCAACCUUGUCCCCACCUUCUUCACUCUAUAGUACAGAGAAACCAGCAUUCACAACAAAACCUCAAGAAAAUGUCUCUACAGAUCAAUCCUCUAUCACAGCAGAGGCUAGUUCCAUUUUUGCAUCAACAGAGGAGGGCUCUGGUGAAGUAACAUCUGAUGGGUCUCCUAAAGAGACUGAAACAGAAUCAUCAACAUCAACGUUCAGCACAAAGAAACCAUCAGUGACAACAGAAUCCCAUGAAACAAUUGAUAGUUCAAGGACAACAGCAUAUCCAGCCUCCUCUCUGUACAGCACUGACACGCCCACAAGCCAAUCAAAGACAGCCUCUGUUACACCAGAAGAUAGUGUAGUUUCAUCUUCAACCCUUGAAGAGGGCUCAGAUGGUCAAACAAUUGAUAUGUCCACCCAAGAGACUGUUACUACCACAUCAUCCUCUGUGUUGAGUACAACGGAGCCAGAAAAAGAAGCAGCUGCUGUUAAAAUAUCUACUACUUCUGCUUCUCCCUCCUUUUCCACUGAAACAGCUACCGCCAUCUCAAGCGAGCAACCAGAACAGACAAGUACAGAUAUGUCUCCAGGCAGUGAGACCUCCGCUGGCACAUCAUCGUCUUUGUUAAGUACUGAAAAACCGACCAUGUUACCCUCAGGAAAGUCGUCAGUCUCGCCAAUCACAGAGAAGACAGAGAUCAGUGCUGAUCUAACAUCUAAAGAUGAAGCUGGAUCUGGUGAUGAAGCUGGUUCUGGUGAUGAAGCUCCUGACGUGUUCUCUCAGAUGUCUGCUGUCACAACUGUAUCUCCCCUGGCAAGCACUGAGGGACCAUCCACAGUGUCAUCAGAAACUGUAGUGGAUAUUUCAAAUCAGACAGUGAUGCGAUCAACAUAUGUUGCCUCAGAUGUCACAAAGACCAGUUCCAUAACCAGCUCUCAAAGUUCAACAUCACCUGAGGCAUCCGCAGAUUCUAGCGAUGAGAUCGUGGAAUAUGGUGUUAGCAAAGAACCCAUCAUGCUGGAAUCUUCCCCUUCCUUCUAUGGAUCAAGCACAGAGGCGGCCACAGCAGUAGUAACUACUCCUUCUGACACAGAAUUUCCAGCGGACCUGACUUCUACGAUAUUUACUGAUGAAUCUUUAAUUAUCUCAACCACCAUUUCUUCUUUGUUCACCACAGAGAAACCUGCAGUGACAACAUCAUCAGAUAAAGCAAUUGAUGGUAUAAACUCAACCUUGUCCCCACCUUCCUCACUCUAUAGUACAGAGAAACCAGCAUUCACAACAAAACCUCAAGAAAAUGUCUCUACAGAUCAAUCCUCUAUCACUGCAGAGGCUAGUUCCAUUUUUGCAUCAACAGAGGAGGGCUCUGGUGAAGUAACAUCUGAUGGGUCUCCUAAAGAGACCGAAACAGAAUCAUCAACAUUAACGUUCAGCACAAAGAAACCAUCAGUGACAACAGAAUCCCAUGAAACAAUUGACAGUUCAAGGACAACAGCAUAUCCAGCCUCCUCUCUGUACAGCACUGACACGCCCACAAGCCAAUCAAAGACAGCCUCUGUUGCACCAGAAGAUAGUGUAGUUUCAUCUUCAACCCUUGAAGAGAGCUCAGAUGGUCAAACAAUUGACAUGUCCACCCAAGAGACUGUUACUACCACAUCAUCCUCUGUGUUGAGUACAACGGAGCCAGAAAAAGAAGCAGCUGCUGUUAAAAUAUCUACUACUUCUGCUUCUCCCUCCUUUUCCACUGAAACAGCUACCGCCAUCUCAAGCGAGCAACCAGAACAGACAAGUACAGAUAUGUCUCCAGGCAGUGAGACCUCCGCUGGCACAUCAUCGUCUUUGUUAAGUACUGAAAAACCGACCAUGUUACCCUCAGGAAAGUCGUCAGUCUCGCCAAUCACAGAGAAGACAGAGAUCAGUGCUGAUCUAACAUCUAAAGAUGAAGCUGGUUCUGGUGAUGAAGCUGGUUCUGGUGAUGAAGCUCCUGACGUGUUCUCUCAGAUGUCUGCUGUCACAACUGUAUCUUCCCUGGCAAGCACAGAGGGACCAUCCACAGUGUCAUCAGAAACUGUAGUGGAUAUUUCAAAUCAGACAGUGAUGCGAUCAACAUAUGUUGCCUCAGAUGUCACAAAGACCAGUUCCAUAACCAGCUCUCAAAGUUCAACAUCACCUGAGGCAUCCGCAGAUUCUAGCGAUGAGAUCGUGGAAUAUGGUGUUAGCAAAGAACCUGUCAUGCUGGAAUCUUCCCCUUCCUUCUAUGGAUCAAGCACAGAGGCGGCCACAGCCGUAGUAACUACUCCUUUUGACACAGAAUUUCCAGCGGACCUGACUUCUACGAUAUUUACUGAUGAAUCGUUAAUUAUCUCAACCACCAUUUCUUCUUUGUUCACCACAGAGAAACCUGCAGUGACCACAGCAUCAGAUAAAGCAAUUGAUGGUAUAAAAUCAACCUUGUCCCCACCUUCUUCACUCUAUAGUACAGAGAAACCAGCAUCCACAACAAAACCUCAAGAAAAUGUCUCUACAGAUCAAUCCUCUAUCACAGCAGAGGCUAGUUCAAUUUUUGCAUCAACAGAGGAGGGCUCUGGUGAAGUAACAUCUGAUGGGUCUCCUAAAGAGACCGAAACAGAAUCAUCAACAUUAACGUUCAGCACAAAGAAACCAUCAGUGACAACAGAAUCCCAUGAAACAAUUGACAGUUCAAGGACAACAGCAUAUCCAGCCUCCUCUCUGUACAGCACUGACACGCCCACAAGCCAAUCAAAGACAGCCUCUGUUACACCAGAAGAUAGUGUAGUUCCAUCUUCAACCCUUGAAGAGGGCUCAGAUGGUCAAACAUUUGAUAUGUCCACCCAAGAGACUGUUACUACCACAUCAUCCUCUGUGUUGAGUACAACGGAGCCAGAAAAAGAAGCAGCUGCUGUUAAAAUAUCUACUACUUCUGCUUCUCCCUCCUUUUCCACUGAAACAGCUACCGCCAUCUCAAGUGAGCAACCAGAACAGACAAGUACAGAUAUGUCUCCAGGCAGUGAGACCUCCGCUGGCACAUCAUCGUCUUUGUUAAGUACUGAAAAACCGACCAUGUUACCCUCAGGAAAGUCGUCAGUCUCGCCAAUCACAGAGAAGACAGAGAUCAGUGCUGAUCUAACAUCUAAAGAUGAAGCUGGUUCUGGUGAUGAAGCUGGUUCUGGUGAUGAAGCUCCUGACGUGUUCUCUCAGAUGUCUGCUGUCACAACUGUAUCUCCCCUGGCAAGCACAGAGGGACCAUCCACAGUGUCAUCAGAAACUGUAGUGGAUAUUUCAAAUCAGACAGUGAUGCCAUCAACAUAUGUUGCCUCAGAUGUCACAAAGACCAGUUCCAUAACCAGCUCUCAAAGUUCAACAUCACCUGAGGCAUCCGCAGAUUCUAGCGAUGAGAUCGUGGAAUAUGGUGUUAGCAAAGAACCUAUCAUGCUGGAAUCUUCCCCUUCCUUCUAUGGAUCAAGCACAGAGGCGGCCACAGCCGUAGUAACUACUCCUUCUGACACAGAAUUUCCAGCGGACCUGACUUCUACGAUAUUUACUGAUGAAUCGUUAAUUAUCUCAACCACCAUUUCUUCUUUGUUCACCACAGAGAAACCUGCAGUGACCACAGCAUCAGAUAAAGCAAUUGAUGGUAUAAAAUCAACCUUGUCCCCACCUUCUUCACUCUAUAGUACAGAGAAACCAGCAUUCACAACAAAACCUCAAGAAAAUGUCUCUACAGAUCAAUCCUCUAUCACAGCAGAGGCUAGUUCCAUUUUUGCAUCAACAGAGGAGGGCUCUGGUGAAGUAACAUCUGAUGGGUCUCCUAAAGAGACCGAAACAGAAUCAUCAACAUCAACGUUCAGCACAAAGAAACCAUCAGUGACAACAGAAUCCCAUGAAACAAUUGACAGUUCAAGGACAACAGCAUAUCCAGCCUCCUCUCUGUACAGCACUGACACGCCCACAAGCCAAUCAAAGACAGCCUCUGUUACACCAGAAGAUAGUGUAGUUCCAUCUUCAACCCUUGAAGAGGGCUCAGAUGGUCAAACAAUUGAUACGUCCACCCAAGAGACUGUUACUACCACAUCAUCCUCUGUGUUGAGUACAACGGAGCCAGAAAAAGAAGCAGCUGCUGUUAAAAUAUCUACUACUUCUGCUUCUCCCUCCUUUUCCACUGAAACAGCUACCGCCAUCUCAAGUGAGCAACCAGAACAGACAAGUACAGAUAUGUCUCCAGGCAGUGAGACCUCCGCUGGCACAUCAUCGUCUUUGUUAAGUACUGAAAAACCGACCAUGUUACCCUCAGGAAAGUCGUCAGUCUCGCCAAUCACAGAGAAGACAGAGAUCAGUGCUGAUCUAACAUCUAAAGAUGAAGCUGGUUCUGGUGAUGAAGCUGGUUCUGGUGAUGAAGCUCCUGACGUGUUCUCUCAGAUGUCUGCUGUCACAACUGUAUCUCCCCUGGCAAGCACAGAGGGACCAUCCACAGUGUCAUCAGAAACUGUAGUGGAUAUUUCAAAUCAGACAGUGAUGCCAUCAACAUAUGUUGCCUCAGAUGUCACAAAGACCAGUUCCAUAACCAGCUCUCAAAGUUCAACAUCACCUGAGGCAUCCGUUGAUUCUAGCGAUGAGAUCGAGGAAUAUGGUGUUAGCAAAGAACCUAUCAUGCUGGAAUCUUCCCCUUCCUUCUAUGGAUCAAGCACAGAGGCGGCCACAGCCGUAGUAACUACUCCUUCUGACACAGAAUUUCCAGCGGACCUGACUUCUACGAUAUUUACUGAUGAAUCGUUAAUUAUCUCAACCACCAUUUCUUCUUUGUUCACCACAGAGAAACCUGCAGUGACCACAGCAUCAGAUAAAGCAAUUGAUGGUAUAAAAUCAACCUUGUCCCCACCUUCUUCACUCUAUAGUACAGAGAAACCAGCAUUCACAACAAAACCUCAAGAAAAUGUCUCUACAGAUCAAUCCUCUAUCACAGCAGAGGCUAGUUCCAUUUUUGCAUCAACAGAGGAGGGCUCUGGUGAAGUAACAUCUGAUGGGUCUCCUAAAGAGACUGAAACAGAAUCAUCAACAUCAACGUUCAGCACAAAGAAACCAUUAGUGACAACAGAAUCCCAUGAAACAAUUGACAGUUCAAGGACAACAACAUAUCCAGCAUCCUCUCUGUACAGCACUGACACGCCCACAAGCCAAUCAAAGACAGCCUCUGUUACACCAGGAGAUAGUGUAGUUUCAUCUUCAACCCUUGAAGAGGGCUCAGAUGGUCAAACAAUUGAUGUGUCCACCCAAGAGACUGUUACUACCACAUCAUCCUCUGUGUUGAGUACAACGGAGCCAGAAAAAGAAGCAGCUGCUGUUAAAAUAUCUACUACUUCUGCUUCUCCCUCCUUUUCCACUGAAACAGCUACCGCCAUCUCAAAUGUCUGCUGUCACAACUGUAUCUUCCCUGGCAAGCACAGAGGGACCUUCCACAGUGUCAUCAGAAACUGUAGUGGAUAUUUCAAAUCAGACAGUGAUGCCAUCAACAUAUGUUGCCUCAGAUGUCACAAAGACCAGUUCCAUAACCAGCUCUCAAAGUUCAACAUCACCUGA